AUGGAGUCCUCGUUAGAGCUGCGGAGUGAGUGGGAGGCGUCAGGUCAAAACAUUGACACAGAGCAGCCAGUGAAGCACUUUCGAUACGAUAAGCAGAUACGAGCAGCAGCGAGCAGGCGAAUAGUGAGCAGGAGACGACGAAGACGAGAUGUGUCGAUGGUCAGAGACGCAGAAGUCGUUUGCCCCUCGAGGAAGAUUUUGUUCAUGCGACAGCGAAAAGGCGAAAGUUCUUUCUCGUGUGUGUCAAAAACGGCGGAUAACGUAAUGACGCACAAGCGCGAAGGAAGAAGCAAAUAUAAGGGGAAAAACCGCACUUAG